AUGUCGACUCAAGUCCCUAAAGUUAUCAAUGAAGGUCUGGCAGCGUUGACUACUCAGUUCAUUAUAUCAACAGGUCCUGCAUCGACAACAGUGGUUUCGGCAGAUACGUUCACAACGCCAACUGUUCCUGCCUCUGCUCUCAUGACCACCGCGACUGAUGACUCCACUUUUACUAGUCGACCUAUUCACACCUCCAAAAUCAACACAACACGUGCGUUCACGCCUAAUAAUUUAUUUAACACAUCAACAGGUCCUGCCGCGACAGCAAUGAUUUCCACAACUAGCCUUGUCACUCUCACUACCACAUGCACAUCGAUCACCGAACUCACUACACCAACGGCAGCUACUAGUGAGUCAGCUUCCACUGGCAGAUCUACACACUCACUCGUAUCCAGCAACACACGUUUGUCCUCUUCCAGUCUUCUGACCACCACUUUAGGGGAUUCAGAGCUGACACCACACCUUAUCAAUGACGGUGAUUCUACACCAACUCCUUCGAUCACCGCAGUUUUGUAUACUUCUCUGGUUGCGGCUUUUAAUUUGAAUUUAAAGUCGCCUUUGCUAGUCCUCUGCCGUGAAUUUUCCAGUGGACUCAUGGAAGUUGGCAUUAAAGCUAAGUUUGGUAUUCCAAGUGUAGAAAACUACGGGACGCAACAACUGACGCAGGAUGUUGUCGCUCUCAGGUAG